AUGUUCUCCGGGUUGUUUGGUCAGAAGCGCUGGGAUCCCAAAGGCCUUCACUGCUACGUGACAGGCGGCUCUGCGGGGCUCGGAUUGAGUUUGGCUCUGAUACUCACCAAGCGCGGUGCGGACGUGUCAAUCGUUGCGCGUAACCAGGACACGCUGGCGAAGGCCUUGGAGCAACUCGAGGCUGCGCGCGUCUCCCCCAACCAGGUGCUCAAGUCUUACUCGUACGCGCUCGAUACGCUUGAAGGCGCACGUUCAGCCUAUGAUGCGGCAUGUGCGGCGCAUGGUGACAAGCCCGCGGACGCGGUGUUUAUGUGCGCAGGAAGCGCGCGACCCGGCUUCUGGGUGGAACAGUCCGAAGAACAAAUUAAAAGGGCAAUGGACCUGACGUAUUGGGUGGCCGCUUGGACAAGCAAGGUUGCGACGGAACGCAUGGUUCGAGCUAAACAUGCGGGUAAACUUGUAUUCGUAGGCUCAAUAGCUGCCUAUUUCGGCAUGAUCGGGUACUCGACCUAUUGUCCGGGAAAGUUUGCCAUUCGAGGACUUGCGGAAACGCUGCGCCAAGAGAUGCUACUAUACAAUGUCGACGUGCACAUGUACUUCCCGGCUAGCAUCGACAGCCCCGGAUACGUUGAAGAGAAUAAGACGAAGCCAGCAAUUACACGCAAGAUUGAGGAAUCUGACACCGUUGCCACCCCGGACGCCUGCGCUGAGGGACUCUUUCAAGGUGUACAGCGUGGCGACUUCCACAUAACGGAUACCUUCAAUGGCGAGGUCUUCCGCACCACUGCGCGUGGCGCCACCCCGUGGAACAACUUCUUGCGAGAUCUGAUAUACGGAUUUAUCGGAACUGUCGCUCUACCGUUCUGGCGCAGAGACGUUGACGGGUCCGUGCGCAAGCAUCGCAAGGAACAUGAUUACUAUCUCCAGGAGCGCGGCUUCUUCAAAGCGCCCAAUCUUGGUUGA